ACAUAUAGUCUUGUUCGAUUGGCUGGGUCUCAAUUUCAAAUGGCGUUUGAAAACAAUUAGUUUGACAUAACCGAAUUAUCUAAAAAAAAAAAAAACCUGGAAAAUUAGAAGACUUAGUAUCACAACAAAAAUGUCAUUGAGUUCAAACGUUGAAAACCUUUCCCCACAAAUAAUCCGACACAUUGCGAAAGAAGUCGCAGACCUUACUAAAGAUCCACCAGAAGGCAUUAAAGUCAUACCAAAUGAAGAAGACAUCACGGAUAUACAAGCCACUAUAGAAGGACCAGCGGGAACCCCAUAUGCAGGAGGACUGUUCAAAAUGAAACUAGUGCUAGGUAAAAACUUUCCAUCAGAACCACCUAGAGGAUUCUUUGUGACAAAAAUAUUUCACCCAAAUGUGGCCUCUAACGGCGAGAUAUGUGUGAAUACUUUAAAAAAGGACUGGACUUCUGAUCUUGGGAUUAAACAUGUACUUUUAACCAUUAAAUGUCUGCUGAUAGUUCCUAACCCUGAGUCUGCGUUGAAUGAGGAGGCAGGCAAACUGUUGCUGGAGCAGUAUGAGGACUACACAAAACGAGCAAAAAUAUACACAGAAAUCCAUGCAAAACCACCAAAGUUUUCAGAGCCUGUCUCCACAGACGCCAUCUCAGAAGGGCCCAUUGCGAAAAAACACGCUGGGGACAAGAAAUUGCUUGACAAGAAGAAAAAAGAGAAAAAGAAAAUCCUCAAGCGACUUUGAUGUCUCUGGACUUAAAACAAAUCUUUGUCACACACAUACACAACAUCAACCAAUCCCAAAUGGCUGUCAUUUCGUUCACUGUAUUUUACAUUUGAGUCUCACUCUUGGAAAAACAGGGCUCAAUGCAUGUGUGUAAAGUUUUGUCCAAUAUGAGCCUGUGCAGUCCACACAGUCUCAUCACUGAUGACACUUUCCACUUUUAUGGAAUUUUCGUUUAAAGGAAGUCUCUUGUAAACAAACAUUCAGUUAGGGUGGAAAGUGUUGUUCUUGAAUAGCCAAUGUGGACUGCAAGGCUAUAAUCUGGGACAACACUAUUCGUGCAUGCAUUAAGCCCAGUUUUCUCAGAGCAAGGCUUAUUUUAUCAUUAAUCCAUGAUGUGCACUGCAUAGUUUAAUACUGAAUUCUUCCAACUGUCCAUGGUAUGUUUGUUUCAGCUUGAGUGUCUGGAUGUUGAGAUUAAAGAAGGAUACAUGUAAUUUUUUUUUCAUUUCUAAGCAUUAAGGUGAUAACUUAUUUACCUGUAUUAAAAUUAAAAGUAGGCAUGACAAUUUAUUUCAAAAAUUGUUAAUCAUUUUAUGUGAUGUUUGUUUCUUUUAAACUGCGCAAAUUUAUACUGUAUUAAAAUUUUGGUUAGAAAUGUUGCUCUUGAUGCAAAAAUUUGACAGAAUCCUGAGUAAAUGGGAAUGAAAUUGUAAAGACAGAACAGCGUUUGGCUUUACUUCACCUGAGCAUAACAUGCUAAUGGUGAGCUUUUGUGGUCACCUUUUUUCCGAUGUUUGUCGUGCUUCAUCAACAUUUUCAUUGAGGACAUAUUAAUUGCCCAAUCUUCAUGAAAUAUGAUAUAAACUUUUGCCUCAAUUUUAUUUUGCCUAAGUUUGAAACUGAUUCACUUGUUUGAAUUAAAGGAAAAGCUUGUGAGCACACCCAGGGGCCUAAUUUAUUUCCUGACCUUCAUGAAACUUGGUCUGAACAUGUUUUCCAAUGGUAUGUCAACCAAAUUGGUAAAAGGGUCACGUCGGGUCGUAAACUAGGUCACUAUGAUGAAUUAAAGAAAAUGCUGGUGAACACAUUAGUCCGCAUUUAAUCUCCUGGAGACUUGGUCUGAACAUUUGUUCUAACGAUUUCUCCACAGAGUGAGAUUUGAUUCCUGUCCAUUGAAAAACAUUGCUGCCAAGAGUCAUGGAAGCUUCCUUUUGUUUCUAUAGUAAAACAAUUGGACACUAACAUUUUAGUUUGUAACCCAUUCAAAAUGAAACUUGCUAACAACAUUUAUUUUAAUUAUAUCUGAGCCGAGUUUAAAAAUGAUUGUGUUUUUUUUAAAGCAUGGAUGGCAUUUGUUGAGGCUUUUUUUUUUAGAAAGCUAGUGAACACUUCCUGCUCAGAACAUUUAGGUUCCUUGGGUCUCAGGUGAGCUCCUGACAGCCUUUGGCCCUCUUGUUUAUGUAGGUGAAACUGAUUUGUGUUUGUCUGGGGCUAAAGUGUCCAUACUUUUAACAUUUUUAUUUGAGUUUCAAAGUUUUUCAAUCUUAAUUAAAUGUUUUAAAUAUAAAAAAAACAGUGUAUUUCAUGUAUUUUUCCAGUUUUACAAAUAUCUUUUAUUAUUGUUUUCAGCAUGAUAAUUAUUUUAAUGUGAGAGAGUGCUUCAAAUUUAUGAAUGGUGAAACUUAUUAAAUAGAAAUUUAAUCAUGUCCAUUGAACAAAUUAUCAUAUCAUUAGCAAAUUUUCAAAAGUUACUGUUUGCCCAUUCUGGAAAGGGAACAUUCUAAAAUGUCUCUUAAAUGUAUAAAGCAACUUUGGAGUGGCUGUUUUUUUAACCUAAUUUGAGAACAAUAUUGUACAGAUUAAUUUUUCUAUGUGAAUUAAAAAGUUGAAUUCAUAGUUCAACUAUAUAUUUGUAAGCUGAAAAAUGAAAUGACUUAUUACUUGUAAAUGUAUUGUCUUUAUUCAUUCUUUUACUUUUUAACAAUGCUGUCAUUUCAGAAGCGACCUAGGUGUUCUUGGAACAGAAUAUAGCAAUGAUUGUAUAUUGUGUAUACAAAGCUUGUACAUUAUCAUAAAGGAGCUUUGGUAUUAAUAUAUUAAUAAAUUGUAUAGUUGUAUUGAAUUGAAUAUGUUUUAUGUAUGUUGAUAUAUAUUUGUUGUGUUUAUUGUUCCUUUAUUAUUUAAUUUGUGCAGAAGGAGUAACUAUAUUUAUUAUUUUGUACAUGCAUAUGCGCCUGUCUCUGAGAAAACUGAGUUAAUGCAUGUGCUUAAAGUAUUCCCACAUUAGCCUUUGCAGUGUGCACAGGCUAAUCAGUGACGCCACUUGCCGCAUAGACUUGAUUUUUAUUAAGAAGAGACUUCCUUUAAACUCAAAAUUCAAUUAAAGCCAAGUAUGGUACCAGAUGAGCCUGUGUGGACUGCACUGGCUAAUCUGGGGUGAUACUUUGGGCAUAUGCAGAAAGCCCACUUUUUAAGAGAGUGGCUCAGAAAUAUCAGCUUGACUGAAUGUAUGUUUAUAUUUUGUGUGUUUUAACCUGGGUACAUAGUCAAAUAUCUUAUGAAAAACAUAAAAAUUCAUUAAAUGUAUUGUAAAAAAAUUCUUAUGUUUUAGCAAGUAAAUAUUGAUGCUAUGAUUCAAAUUGAAUGAUUUUGUUAGCAGACAUUUAUUGUGGGCUUUCACAUAGAAAAAUACUUCUGAAAUCUUGACUUGAGAUUUUUCUAAGUAGUUUUGCUAUUACCAGUUCUGACUAUGUUUGAUGGUUUUGCCAAUCUGAUGACAACAUGCUCAUUCUAAGCUUUUGUGAUUACAUUUUGUCUGUCAUCCUUUGUGUGUCCUCGGUUUUUGCCUGGUUAACACUAUAGAAGCCACAUUAAUUGCCCAAUCUUCUUGGUCAGAACAUAUCUCCCAUGGAUAGAUUGGCCUUGUUUGAAACUGGUUAAAAAUAUUAUGUCACUUGGUUUAAUUAAAGAAAAAGCUUGUGAAGUCUUGAGAGGACACAUUUAUUGUCCAAUCUUCAAGAAAUUGGGUAAGAACAUAUGUCCAAAUACUAUCUUUGGGGAGUUAAAAACUGGUUUAGGUGGUUUAAAAACUAUGUCAAUUUAAAGAAAAAUCUUCAUGAAAGGUGGUUUGAACAUUUGCCCAAAUAAUAUGUUAAGAGUUUUAUUGAUAAUAAGAAUUAUACGUGGUCCCUGACCAUUGAACAAACUGGCGCUAUGAAGCAGUGCAGAUAUCCAUAUGUGGCUUUUGUAAAACCAUUUCAACGCUGUAAAUGUCACUAUUUCGGCCCACGCACCGUCAACUUGCUCAGGACUAACAAUUUUAUAUAUCUGCACUCAGUUCAACUGUUAUUGUGUUUUGUUCAUAAACAUUGCUGCCAGGUAUUCGGGGCAGUUUGCCUUAUAAGUGUAAUGCGAAACCUUGUGUAAACUACCAAUGUAGUACAGUUUAUGUUUGUUGGGGUCUUAGAUGAGUGCCACAGGGACUUGGGUAUUUAUUUUUUUUAAGUUUUUUUUUAAAGGACUUUCAUCCUCUGAAUAUCAUUUAAAGGGAAAAUGUAAGAACAAUUCUUGAAAACAGAACAUUUUGAUCAUUGAAUUUUUUUUUUUAAUUGAUGCAAAUAUUGGAUUUUCAUUCAUAAUCCAUUUAGUGGGUCAUUUGCUGAUUGAUACAUUUUACGACUGUAAAAUACAGGUAAGUUUGUGUUAUGAAAGUAAAAUGAGACCAGGGUUUGUUGCCUGUAUAUUUAAUAAAGAUUUAAUAUUUUUAACUUAGCGUUAAACGCAAACACUAUUUAUUCGACAGGUUUUGAAGUUUCUGGAAUGGGCUGAUCUCCUUCUUGCUUUACUUUGUUCAAAGCACAAACAUUUUAUCUGCUUACCUUUUCUAUCACAGAUACAUCCGCUGCAGGCUCAAAUCUCGAUUUGUUUCUGAUGAAAUAAAUCAUAAAUUUGUUCCUCUGCAUAUGUUGGUUUAUGUCCAUCAACAUUUUUCUUUGCUAUUACAUGUAAUUAAAGAAUUUUGUUGCUCUAUAUAAUAACUCCGACGUUAAAAGUAUUCUCUAAGAUUUAGUGGACUUCGCUAGAUUUGUGUUUCUCAUCAGUUUGUAUUUGUGUCUUUAUGCGUUUUGCAUAAUAUGUAAAUGUGUAUUCAGUUACACAGCUGCUUAAAUGUUUGUGCCACAUAUUUUAUUAUUAUGUUGUCAUCUCUGUCUACCUAAAAUGAAUCUUUAUGUGUGCAUCUCUGUAGUUUCUUUUCUCAAUAAUUUUGUUUCGUGCAAGUGUUGUGUUGGUUGAUUAAUGUGAGGUGUGGUUGCGUGCAUAAACUCGUGAGAUUGGUGUGCACACUUGACAUAUUUUCUGGUUGUGUGCGAUUAUUUUCAGGGCAGUUCAUGUUUUUAUCAUCUACAGAAGUCGAUAAUAAAUAUGUAUAAAAUUCUU